AUGCCUACCACGGCUAUAUUCCUCAAGCUGCUAAUCUUCCUCACUGCGAUAGCGCCAUGCAUGGCAAUACCUCCCCUGUUUCCAGAUACGAUCGAUCUUACAGUCGGUCUGACACUCACCUGCGGGAUAAUGAAACCUCGUGCGUCGAUACACAAGGGAGCAAGGGUCAGAUUGUUGAUAACGCCCUCGUUUGAUGUCGAACUGCUUGAUUCGGCAGCUGGCGAUACGCUAUACGAAGAUGGGCCUCGAGAAUAUAUAAUGGAGAAGGUCUAUAUGGACUAUGUCCUCCUCUCAGAUGUGCAAGUCACCACACAAAGCUGGCUUUCGGAGGACAUCAAGAAUUGCUGCAAGAUCACCGCCUUCUUCUGGCUCAUCUUCGAAUACACGACGGAAGCCGGCUACUGUCGGGCUCAAGCUAGAUACUUGCAAGCAAUACUGACCUGUCUGUUGCAGUGGAUGUCAAACUCGAUGAGGAAAAGACCGCAGCGGCUUAUGCCUGCAACGAAUUCGGCGGGCCAACAGAUGGCUUUCCGCGCUGCAGUGUCCCCUUGCCCGACCAUAUCGAGCCAAAUAUGGCAUCGCUCUAGCAAUCUGUCCACGCACGACGAGAGCGAAUGCGACGACUUCGCUCUGGAGCUCUCACUUCUUCCGUCUUCAUACCAACAUAUAUAUCAGAUGCUCGCCUUCGCUUACACGCUGUUUGUGGCCUCAGUCGCUGGAAUCGCGUUGAGCAGCGCACCCGAUAACCGUGGAGAUCUAUCCUUCACCGUUGAUGCAAAUGUCAUGUUUCAGACCUGUGCCUAUCCGCUUGCGGCAGGCGGCUCGGCGGAUCAAAAACUCGCAAAAGCGAUUUCGGUCACGAUCAGCCUUUCGGGUAAUCCGAUAGAGCCCACUCCGGUCGGCAAUCUUGAUACAUCCACCGGCGGCCAGGCUGGCAUCAUCGUCGCUGUUAUGUCCUACGCCAACGAGAUCGAUCCGUACUAUCAAGUCGGCAUCCAAUUUGAUGUCGAUACAGUCAGCAAUCUCGAUGGUCGAAUGACGGAUACCGCUGCAAAUCUGCAUCUGACCUGCGACAGCAGCGGUACAUGUCCUUUCAAGCCCCAUAGCGGCACGAAGCUUUGCCCACAUGACCGCUUCGCCAUCUCCGGCAAGCACAAUUGA